AUGGAUGCAUUAACGACUCUUAGAACGGAAAUUAAUCGUCUCGGUUUCACUUCAAAUGAACAAGACAAUUUACGCAAUUACUUCACUAAAAAUGUAGAAAAGAAAGCUGUUGCGGUGUCUUUUCUUUCUGACUACACAAUGGAUGAUGGGAAACGGGAUUACUUGAAAAGUCUAAUAUCCACGCCUGGUAUGUUCUCACGCAAAUUUAAAAAUAGUAAUAUUUGUCAUUGUUACCGAAUGGUGGAGUGGGGAAAGACGUUAAGAGAAUUUGGUAAAGAUAAAAAACGCAAAAUAGAACUGGGUCAGAUAUUACAAGAUUUCAGUCCAGGUGAAGUUAACUUAGUCAAUGAAAAAAGUGCCUCAGCAGAGUUUGUGGAUCGUGAUGAUGGAUUGAUUGCUGCGAAUCAAAUUUUCAUUAACAACUCUAAAGGACGAAAAUCGCAGCAUUGUCAGGAUACCUACUUUGGUUUAUGUUUUAGUGGUUGUGGAAUUGGCAAAACGGAGUUGGUAACUCAAUUUUGUAUGAAAAUGAUCAAAGAGUAUAAAAAUGUUCUUGUCCUGGAUUUGAAUAAGGAUUUUCACUCAUUUAACCGAAAUGCAUGCAAAGAAGAUCAAUGGCUCGGAUUAUCUCUGGCUACUGUAUAUUAUGGUGGAAGAAAAACAAGUCUAUCUGCAUUUAUUCAAACGAUAAUAUGCAAAUAUGGCGAAGAGUCAUUAAUGGCUUUUGAUGAUGUUACUGAGGUUCUUAGGUUUAUUGUCAAUCAUUACCGAAAAUGGAAGAGCAUAAAGGAAACUUUAUGUGUUGUGAUAUGGAAAGAUGACUAUCAAAACGAAAUGGAGCAAUUCUCUAACCCCCAGCUCAGUGUUAUUCAAAAAAUCGGAAAUUAUAAUUACAUGACUACGGGAAAAAGUAUUGCUGCUGAGCAGGAUGUUAUUAUUGUCCCUAUUCUAUCUGGGAUCUUUGGUGGAGAUGUUAAAAAGUCGAUUAUUGGAAGCCGAUAUUCUGCAAAGAUUUUGUCAACACCACCACUAUCAUUCGAUGCUUCUAUCCGUGUGUUGGGAAUUUCAAAGGAUAUCUUGGAGCAAUCUCCGUUUAAACUUCGUAUUUUGAUAUCAGAUAUUGGUGGAGUUGCGCGACUACUCAU